AUGACCACCAACGCUUCCUCUACCCCGGACGAAUUGAUUGUUACUAUAUGCCGAUUUAUUACCCUUUACCAAGCGAAACCUUCCGCCGAAGCGCGACUUGCCGCGUUCAUCGUGAGGUACACGCCAAGCUUCACGAUGCGAAUAAUGUUUUGCUUUAUCGCUGUCAUAAUGCUUUGGGUGAUCAUUGUUUGCUGUGCCAGCAUGAUUCUGAGAUGGCGAAGAGGUACCCUGUGGUUUGUGCGUAGCCUGCACAAAAGUGACGGUGCAUAUUUAACUCCACAUGUGGGCUCCAUGUUUGCUUUGACCUCGAUUUUUUCUGCUCUCGGUGUCGGACUCCUCAUCUGCUACGAAAUCAACUUGUGGGAUGGAAAGGUCGGGAUUCAUUCAUCUUCAAGGUACAGCGUCAAUUGGAAAGAGUGGACUGACUGUAUUGGUCGUAUUCAUAAUCAUCAGGUCCUACCCAACCCUUUGAUCAUACAAACCAUGGUAUGGUACCCUGUCUGGCUAGGAAGUUUUUGCAUGGUUUGGGGAGCCGCUAUUGCCGCCUUGAGUUUGUUUAACCAACCUGAAGUGAGGAAUAGCACUCUAGGCUUACAAAAUGCGAAAACAAUUCAGAUGUCUUCCACAAUGUGGAACUGUCUGGUGAUUGGGCUGCCCGUGAUAGUCUCAAUUGCUAUCAUCACUUCAGAUGCCUAUGCGAUCAUAAGGGCCAACACCUUACAAGCACAGGUACGACAAAUUUUCGUGCGGAUGGAAAGUCUGAAAACACUCGCGUCGGACUAUCAGCAAUGUCUCAAGAGCCCAUCUCCAUCAAGCCCACCCAACUUCUCUUCGGUUCCUGAGCUUUUGCCACUCUUGCUCGACUUGCAUCGCGAUUCACUCAAUCUUACGAACAGCAUGCAAAUCAGCUUUGCGUGUUGGUCACUCGGCGGAAUAAUCAAUUUCGCGAUUUGGUUACCAUGUUUUAUCAUCCAACUGAAGAUAUUCAAAAAGCAGGUGGACGAUGAAAAUUUCCUCAGUCAACCAAAGCCGGUCGAUAGAAUUUCGCCCCAUGAAAUAAGCCUGCCGUUAGAGCUUGGUGGCAGCCCUAUCAUCCAUCUUGAUUCGCCAAUUGCUGCUGCUCAGGGCCAGGGACAUGCAAAAAAAGCAGUGAAGCGAUCGCAGACAAACCUCAGCAAGAAUAAUUCGUGCAACGCAGAUCGGGCUUUGAUUUUUAGCUCGCUUUCUUACACGAUCGUCACUGUGGGGACACUUUGCUUAACACUUUGGGGUUCAAUUGUUCCAGACGUCGUUUUCAAGGACGGAAAGAUUCGAAUGCGGUUCAUCGGUAUUCUUCUGUUAGUCACCUAA